AUGAGAGAAUACGUGCAAACAUCUUUAACAUGGGGUAAUGUAGUAUUUUUUGCACCCGUUAUAUCUGUUAUAUCUAGAUGGAGACCAACAAAUUAUCCCAAGAAACCAUCGCCACCACAUAUCUAUAGGAACUUAGAAAACUUUAGAAGAACCCAUCACCCACUACUCCCCCCACCCCCAGUGGCCAGAACUUCCCCCAAACUCAUUGUUCUCUUAACCAUCUUUACCUUCUUUAUCAUCCACAUCGAGUCUGUUGGCUUCUCUAGGACUCUAUCACAGGGGUCCAAGCUGCUUAAGCGUGAGAAGAUGAGCCACCUACACUUCUACUUCCAUGACAUUGUUGGUGGUCGUAACGCAACUGCCAUUAGGGUUGCUGAAGCAACAUCAACUAAAACAUCACCUACAGUUUUCGGUGCCGUGUCAGUGAUGGAUGAUCCAUUAACGGAGAGGCCAGAAGCUACGUCGAAGCUGGUAGGAAGAGCUCAGGGGAUCUACGCUUCGGCAUCACAGAACGAGCUGGCUCUCUUAAUGAACCUUAAUUUUGCUUUCAUGGAAGGAAAGUACAAUGGGAGCACACUUAGCAUACUAGGAAGAAACACUGUAUUCUCAGAGGUGAGAGAGAUGCCGGUGGUCGGAGGGAGUGGGGUUUUCCGGUUAGCUCGUGGCUAUGCUCAUGCCAAGACUCACUGGUUCGAUCCCACAACUGGGGAUGCUGUGGUUGAGUACAAUAUCUAUGUCAUCCAUUAUUACUGAUAUAUGAUGCUUCUUUUUUCUUAAUUGUUGGGUUUAGAUCUCUCUUUUCUUCUUCCUUUCUUGUUGAUUAGAACUUAUUUUGAUUCCCUACUCAGCAUCUUUACUACUUUUGUUUGUUUGAUAAAGGUUGAAGGGACAGCUGUAGUUGGCUUUAAGUGCUGGAAGUGUCUGUUUCUUUGAAUAGUUGAGCUUCUCUCUCUUUCUACUUUC